GGAGACAGAGGGGAGCAUUGUGCUUACUUGUACAUGGUGUUACCUCGAUAAACUGAAGGAAUAUUUAAGAGAAGUGGAGUCUGAGGAGCGUUAGGAAGUAUUUGGCGUGUGAGCUGAUGAACCAGGGCAUCCUGGCACUGGUCACCUCCACAGGAUGUGCUUCAGCCAGCGCCCUGCAGUCUCUGACGGACGCCAUGCACAUCCCCCACCUGUACAUCCAGAGGAACAGCGAGGGCUCGCCCCGCACCGCCUGCCAGUUCAACCCGAGCCCCGGCGGGCAGCGCUACACGCUCGCCGCCCGGCCACCCGUCCGCCUCAACGACGUGAUGCUGACGCUGGUGGAGGAGCUGCGCUGGCAGAAGUUCAUCAUCUUCUACGACAUCGAGUAUGAUAUCCGCGGCCUGCAGGGCUUCCUGGACCAGACGUCCCGGCAGGGCGUGGACGUGGCGCUGCAGCGCGUCGACAGGAACAUCAGCAAGGUGUUCACCAACCUGUUCAGCACCAUGAGGACGGAGGAGCUGAACCGCUACCGGGACACACUGCGCCGAGCCAUCCUGCUGCUGAGUCCCCACGGAGCACACACCUUCAUCCAGCAGGCCGUGGAGACGAACCUGGCCUCCAAAGACAGUCACUGGGUGUUUGUGAACGAGGAAAUCAGCGACACGGAGAUCCUGGAGCUUACCCACAGUGCACUGGGGCGCAUGACGGUGAUCCGGCAGAUCUUCCCGAUGUGGCGCGACAGCAACACCCGCUGUAUGAGGCGCAACCACCGGAUAUCCUCCCUGCUGUGCGACCCGCAGGAGGGGUACAUGCAGAACCUGGAGGUGUCGAACCUCUACCUGUACGACAGCGUUCUGAUGCUCGCCAACGCCUUCUACAGGAAGCUGGAGGACAGGAAGUGGCACAGCAUGGCGAGCCUCAACUGCAUCAGGAAGUCCACCAAGCCGUGGAACGGAGGCUGGUCCAUGCUGGAGACCAUCCAGAAGGGUAACAUCACGGGUCUGACAGGUACGAUGGAUUUUAAGGACAGCGGCGCCAACUCUCACGUCCAGUUUGAGAUCCUCGGCUCCAGCUUCAGCGAGACCUUCGGCAAGGACAUCAAGAGGCUUGCUACCUGGGACUCGGUUCACGGUCUGAACGGCAGCCUGAAGGAGAGCCGGAUCGAGAACGGCAUGCAGGGAGUCACCGUCAAAGUGGUCACACUGCUGGAGGAUCCCUUUGUGAUGGUGGCAGAGAACAUCCUGGGUCAGCCCAAGAGAUAUAAAGGAUUCUCCAUCGACGUGCUCGACGCCCUCGCCAAAAUCCUCGGCUUCAAAUACGAGAUCUACCAGGUGUCUGACAGUAAAUAUGGAUCUCAGCUUCCCAACGGCUCGUGGAACGGUAUGAUCGGGGAUCUCAUUAACAAGAGGGCGGACCUGGCGGUGUCGGCCAUCACCAUCACCCCUGAGCGUGAGAACGUUGUGGACUUCAGUAAGCGCUACCUGGACUACAGCGUGGGGAUCCUGCUGAGGAAACCCGAGGAGAAGAUCAACAUCUUCUCUCUGUUCGCGCCCUUCGACCUGGCCGUGUGGGCCUGCAUCGCCGCCGCCAUCCCGGUGGUGGGCGUCCUCAUCUUCCUGCUCAACCGGCUGCAGGCGCUGCGCUCCUCCGCUACCCAGAAUGCACCGCAGGGACAGCCACCCAACGGCGUGGUGGGUUCAGGGUCGCUGCAGAGCGCCGUCUGGAUCGUCUACGGGGCAUUCGUUCAUCAAGGAGGGGACGGUGUGAUUGGCUCUGUGGCCCUCAGGAUCGUGAUGGGCAGCUGGUGGCUCUUCACCCUCAUCGUGUGUUCGUCGUACACCGCCAACCUGGCAGCGUACCUCACCGUGUCCCGCAUGGAUCACGCCAUACGGUCCUUCCAGGAUCUGGCCCGUCAGAUGGAGGUGGACUACGGCACGGUCCGGGACUCGGCGGUCUACGAUUACUUCCGGAACAAAGGCACCAACCCUCUGGAGCAGGACAGCACGUACGCCGAGCUGUGGAGGACGGUCAGCCGGAACAACGGGCAGGACUACUCCGUGUCCAGCCCCUCAGAGGGCAUCCGCAAGGCGAAGAAGGGUCCGUACGCCUUCCUGUGGGACAUGGCGGUGCUGGAGUACGCGGCGCUGACGGACGACGACUGCACCAUCACCGUGUCGGGGAACAGCAUGAGCAGCAAGGGGUACGGCAUCGCCAUGCAGCACGGCAGCCCCUACAGAGACCUGUUCUCCCAGAAGAUCUUGGAGCUCCAGGAGAAAGGCGACCUGGACAUCAUGAAGCAGAAGUGGUGGCCUCGGACGGGCCGCUGCGACCUCAACAGCCACGCCAGCGCUCACCCCGACGGCCGCUCCCUCAAGCUGCACAGCUUUGCCGGCGUCUUCUGCAUCCUGGCGGCCGGCCUGCUGCUGGCCUGCCUGGUGGCCGGGCUGGAGGCCUGGUGGAACAGCAACCGCUGCCGGCAGGAGCAGCCCAAAGAGGACAAGGAGGUGAACCUGGAACAGGUGCAUCGUCGUAUGAACAGUCUUUUGGACGAGGACUUGGCCCACAAGCAGAUCCCCGGCCCCUCUAUCGAGAUCUCUGCGCUGGACAUCGGCAGCAUGCAGCCCAGCCAGGCCUCUCUGAUGCCGGGCCCGGAGUCCUACCAGCCCUCGGGCCUCGCUGUGACCACCUUCCUGCCCGGGGAGGGGGGUCCGCCGCCUCCUCUACCCCACCCUCACCAUGGGGGGACCCUAGGCAGGACGCACCACCUCUCCCAGGGCCCUGGCAGCAACACAUUGCCCCUGCACCACCACCACCCGCUCAGCAGCACCAGCCUCAGCGGCACCAUGCAGUGCAAACACAGGGCGCCCAACGGGGGGCUCUUCCGGCAGAGCCCUGGCAAGACCCCCAUGCCAAUGUCCUACCAGGCAGUCUCCGCAGGACCCAUACCCGAAGCCAUUGAUGCCACCCACAGCACAUCCAUAUAGGGAUGGAGUGAGUCGCCCCUGGACUUUGGUUUGAAUAUGAGGUGGGGUCUUUAGAGGAAAACUAUUAUGGGAGAAAAAAUGUGUACAAAAAAGAUUUUGUAUCUCACUACCUGUUCAGAAAAGCCGGGAAAAGAUUGUGGGCAUGGCCGGGAUGGUGGGGGGGGGUUAGUUUUUCUCUUGUACAUAGGUGUAAAUACCAAGAGAACGAAGUGAGGUCAAAGUGUAUUUUGAAUAAUAAGUUGAGUUAUAAAAAACCCACAAAACGAGAUAAAAAAAUCUAUAUAUAAAUCGAUGAAAAGUUCUGACUGUUUGAAUGGCUUUGUAAAUUUUGUUCAAUAUGAGACAAUGAGGCGGAAUUCAUUGUGAUUGUUUUCUAAGUGCCGAAUUUAAACGAUGUCUCUCCACAACUCAUCGAUGUAAACGAUUACCCAUGAUGCACCGCUGUAGGGACAUGUUAGUGUUGGACACCUACUGUUAUGCACCUCUGUACCAACCUGGUAAUAUCUGCAGACGGAAACGAUCACAAUCUUCUUUCGUUUGUAUUAAAUAUAUAGUACACAUCGUUCUUCAGAUCUAAAGUCUGCAUUCAUUUUCUUACGUUGACUGUAAAUGGUGUAUCAUUGGGGGGGGGGGGGGUUCAUAUUUUACACUCGGCUAAGUGGUUUGUUUUUUAAAGUAGCUUUUUAUUUGGCAUCAGUACUGUCCAGGUGAGGAGGUUCAGGUGGGGAAGGAGAGAGACUCUUGGGCUGCGAUCUCACCUUGAUCAUAGGUACGGACAUUUUGACGUGCUGAGCUGCUUUUGUUCCAUUACUGUUAAUGGAUCAUCCAAGAUUGGACUCAUCGGGAAAUAUGAUGCUGGAGCAGUCUUCUCUGACCAAUAACGAUCAACACCGUAAUGCCCUUUAAAAGAGAUGCUUCGUUUUUAAACUCUACAACCCAGACAUUUCUCCACAUAUGGCAACCUGGUUUGGUGCUGAAAUAUUUAAGCAAUUCCCAUGAAGUUUGGCACAAAGAUUACUGACCUCUAGCUCUUAAAUCACCUUUCUUUUAAUCGAGCAGUUCAAUUCUCGAAGAUGACUCAAACCCAAAAUGCAUUGACUUUGGAGAUCAAGCUUUGGGCAUUUUGUCCCAAUUCAUCCCAAAACGGUAUUUCCAGUCUCAGCCAGAGAUGGGUUACUGAUAGUUAUAUAAAUACCAGCACUUUCUACUGUUCAGUAGUCAUCUUAUAUACUUAGAUACUCGGAUAAGGAGGAAGAGGAGGAUCCAAAACGUUGGUAAAUGCCUUGAAGUUCAGUUAAAGCAUUUACCAUAAGUGAUCUACUGAGGCUUUUGUAACACCACUAGCAGUUUGGCAUCGGUUACCAACUCAAGGUUCUCUCUAAACUGAACGUUCAACCAUUAAAGAGCCAACAGGUCUUUGGCCAUUAAUUCCUAAAUGUUGAAACCAAAAUGUCGUUGAGUUUGUCCAGAUUUUGAUAACAUUUUUGGUUUUCCGGCUUUUGAUUUUGUGCCAAAUGAAGAAAGCAGAGGGAACAUUCGGUGUGAGACCGCAGUCCAACAGUCUCUGUUUUUAUGUGUUAUAUUUAACCCGAAGAAAGAGGUCUAAAAACGAUCAGCUAUAUGGAUCUGUCUUUACUUUUUGAUACUAGAGAAUUUAAUGUGGACACUUGUAUACCAGUUCUUUCUCCUGCAGAGCAGAGCAGUUAUUCCAGGCAGACGGAGCGAGUGAGAUAUUCCCCUCGAGUCCUUCCUAACGAGAUCCAUUAUCACCUGCAGGGACGACACAGGUCGUUAUCCAAAGUGCAAUCACAGGCUCAUCUGCAGGCGCCAUACCUCAACCGCUUGUAAUAUAGAGGGACUGAUUAUGUUUGCUAAAGAUUGUUUUUCCUUUAUAGAAUACUGUGUGAUGAACCUUUGUGGACAACAGGAUAUAUGAAACCUCACACCCCCCCCCCCCCUCUCUCCGCCUUCAUAAGUGCAAUUAAUGUGCAUUUAUGGGCCUAAUGAGUUCUGACAGACGCAGCUCGCCGUCUCUUAAUGGGUUUCUUUUCCAAAAUGUCGUCAUUUUAAUGCCUGCAGAGGAAAAUAGAGGUACCUGAACUUGACAGAAUGAAGGGCUUCAUUUCUUAAAUUCAUUUCCAUCGACACAAGAACUUUGGAUUCAGCAGCUAAUUGAUCCAAUAGGAUGUUCAUUCUUAGGGAAACUGUUUGAUUUGAGAUUAAGUUUAGGACCAACACACUUCUUCUGGUGCUUUAAACCUUUAAAGAGUUCUUAAUGAAACGGAUGUAGAUGUUCAAGACGUGCUGGUGUUCGAUGGCCGAACAGACUUUAUGUUUAGGGAAACUGCACUGAUCUGAGUCGAAGUUUCCUAAAACCAUAAAUCAAUGAAGUUACCUUUUGCUUUGAAUCUUUAAAGAGUUCCUCAUUUGAUAAUUGUGAGUACCAACAAGCGCUGGCAUCGAAUCGUCCAUUCCGGACCUUUGACUGCAUUGAUUUCCCUCAAAUGAUUCCUGUGGAUCCAGAUGUUUUCUUGACCUUCACUCUGCAGAAAGGACUUGAACUUCUCUGCUCAUAAACCAUGGAUAUAUAUCAUAUGUUUGCCAAAUGGGGGGGGGGUUACAGGCUAUUGUUGUGUCCCUGUGUGAAUACAGAUUCUCUCCUGCAUUAAAGAAACUGUUCCAUGUGUUUCUGUCGGACAUGGACGGCUCCCCCGCUGACUCUCCGUGGAUGUUUUCUAACCGUGGCGGUUGCUUUUUCUCAUUGCUUUUUCACUUUGUGCUCCACCACAUUACGGCAGGCAACCCUAAGCUUACUGUGAUUGGUCGGCAGACAGGAGGUCAACAGGAAGUGUGUCUCCAUGUCCCCCCCCCCCCUUACUCCCUGUCAGAAGAUGAAACUGUCAUCGCAUAGAGUCUGUCAGUCCAUCUGAGACCCUGAUUUUAUUUAUGA